GUCCCACAGCGGCACCCAUGGAAAUCGACAACUCUCCUCGGAUAUGCGGGUUGCCUUUAAAAUACGUCUCGCUAGUCACUCUGGCCGUUCAAAAUGCGGCAUUGUCGAUUGUCAUGCACUAUUCGAGAGUGUCGAUACCCGCGUCGCAAGCGUACUCUCCUGCAACGGCCGUUCUCUUGAAUGAGCUCCUCAAGGGCUCAAUAUCCUUCGUUGUCGCGCUCGUCCGGAUAUUAAACUCUUCGGAUGCGGCUGGGCGGAGUUUGGUCGGUGUAUGGGUGGCAUUCCGAAGGGUGUGCAGAGAGGUGUUCAGCGCGGACUGCUGGAUGCUAUCCAUCCCAGCCAUCCUCUAUGUCGUGCAAAACUCGCUCCAGUUCGUUGCAAUCAGCAACCUCCCUGUCGCAACCUUCCAGGUCACGUACCAAAUGAAGAUCCUCACGACGGCCGCGUUCUCAGUCGCCAUGCUUCGGAGGAAGUUGACUUCAACCAAGUGGCUGGCCUUAACAUUCCUCGCCAUUGGUGUUGGCAUCGUGCAAAUUCAGUCAACCUUCGGCCACACUCCCCAGAGGCAGGACAUGCCUGUUGGUAGCGCACACGACUCUGCUCCUCUGCACGUCCACAUCAUGAGCCCGCUCAAAGGUUUCGGCGCCGUCACAGCGGCAUGCUUUACGUCCGGUCUCGCGGGUGUGUAUUUCGAGAUGGUGCUUAAGAACUCGAAGGCGGAUUUGUGGGUUCGGAACGUGCAGCUUUCGCUGUUCUCUCUCAUUCCUGCCGCUCUUCCGCUUAUCUGGGAGUCGCCCUAUCCUCAUUCUCCUGCAGGAAUUUUAUCAAGACUCAUGCGCAACUUUGGCGGAUGGGCAUGGGCGACGGUCGCCAUCCAGGUAUUCGGUGGUCUCAUUACCGCGCUCGUAAUCAAGUAUUCGGACAAUAUCCUGAAGGGUUUCGCCACCAGCCUUUCCAUCGUUCUUUCAUUCCUUGCGUCCGUCGCUCUUUUUGGUUUCCGGAUAACACCAUCGUUCAUCAUCGGCUCUACGACUGUCCUCAUCGCCACCUGGAUGUACAACCAACCCCAGGGAAAGGAGAUAGUAGCUAUCACGAGUGUCAUGCCUAGUGGCAAAGCACCCACGCCGUCUUUCCCAGGUACACCGGUCAGCCCGACUGCACCCAUUCUUGGGGAAUUCCCUCCCUCGAGGAAGUCAUCGCCCUUGGGCAGCCCACGCGUCAUUUCAACCGCCCUCGGCCUCUCGAAGGACGAGAAGUCAGACUCGGGGUGCUUCGGCCAGACACUGGACACAUCUCGUUACCUCAGCGCCCCGUAUGGGUCCCCCUUCCCAUCUCGAACACCGUCACCUGUCCCGACACCGCCGUACCCACCUCCACCCGGCUCGCAAAAUCCAUUGGAUGGCUCACAGUGGAAGUAACUUAUCGUGGUCUCCACACCUUUUCCAGUAUAUAUACGACUCCAGCCUAUCUACACGCUCGCCGACAACGAUACCCUCCUGGUUUGACAUCGCUUGACGGACACUUGCAGACAGACAAUGCCCCUGCCAUGAAUCUAGCCCAAGUUAUCAAGUAUUGAGUGCAUUUUGACAUUCGCAUGUGCAUGA